AUGACCGCAUUGGAAUCUGCAGGCCCAGUACCCCAGCAAACACACAACCAUGACAGGCAGCUUAUGGACCUGCAGCUGCAUGUUGAAGAUUUAGACAACAGGAGCCGCAGGAAUAACAUCAGAGUGAGAGGGCUACGCGAAACAGAAAAUCUGAGAGAGACUCUAACCUCACUCUUUAACAUCAUACUGAACAGGCCCCUUGAAGCACGCCUGUAUAUUGACAGAGCGCACCGCACUCUCCGCCCGAAACCGCCACCAACACCACUGCCAAGAGACGUCAUCUGCUAUAUACAAGACAUCCAGUUGAAAGAAGACAUCAUAAAGGGAGCACGCACAGAAAGAACAUGGCGGUACAAAGGCCAAAACGUGGAACUCUACAAUGAUCUCUCCCACCUCACCCUGCAAACGCGGCGAGCCCUCAGACCAGUCACAACUAUCCUCCAGGAACACCAUUUAAGAUAA